AUGUCUGAGCCGAAACCCAUACAAGAUACACUGGACCGCCGUCACUCUCGCGAAUCCUCCAUCUCGAGCGCCUCCACGACGAGCCUCGUCUUCGACCGCCUCGCCGAGGAGUCCGAGAAGAACCACGACGCCUCGUCCCGACCGCAUCCCUCCGCUGCCCGACACGCCUAUACCGACGACAACAGCGAUGCCAUCAAAGAGUCCGACAUCAACGACCCCGAGACGGGCCCCUUUCUAGGAGCCUCAUCAGAGACCACACCGCCGCGCAAAGGCGUCGACCGCAAGCUCAAAAAGGUCCUCCUCAUCGUCGGCGGCUUCUUCGUCGCCGCCUGGAUCGUCUCGCUCGUCGUCUUCCUGACCAACAAAUCGUACAAGCACGGCAGCCAGAUUGACCAUGACCCUGCGGCGACGAACCGCAAGUCGGGCAAGCGCGUGACCCUCGACCAGGUCCAAUCGGGCUUCUGGCGACCCACGUCCCAUACAUUCAGCUGGAUCCCCGGGCCCGACGGCGAGGACGGGCUGCUGCUCGAGCAGGAGGCGCGUGGCAAGCACUUUCUCGUCGUCGAGGAUGUCCGGUCCCAGGGCUCGGCUGAUGGCGAGGCGCACCCCGACGCCGCCGAGAGCCGCACCCUGAUCAAGGACCCGUGGUUCUACUGGGGCGACCAGCAGCACAGCAUCCUCCAGACCUGGCCCAGCAAGAACCAGAAGAAGGUCCUCGUCGCCACCCAGAAGCAGCGCAACUGGCGCCACUCGUUCACCGCGCUCUACUGGGUCUUUGACGUCGAGUCGCAGUCUGCCGAGCCUCUCGAUCCCGCCCACCCCGAGGAGAGGGUCCAGCUGGCGACGUGGAACGCCCAGAGCGACGCCAUCGUCUUCACGAGGAGCAACAAUCUGUUCCUCAGGAAGCUCGCUGACGACAAGGUCACCCCCAUCACCACCGACGGAGGCCCCGAAUACUUCUAUGGUAUCCCCGACUGGGUCUAUGAAGAGGAGGUCUUCAGCGGCAACAGUGCCACGUGGUGGUCUGCCGACGGAAAGCACGUUGCGUUCCUGCGAACCAACGAGACCGAGGUCCCUGAAUACCCGAUCCAGUACUUCGUCUCGCGCCCCAGCGGCGCCGAGCCUGAAGUCGGCGAGGAGAACUACCCCGAGGUCAGGCAGAUCAAGUACCCCAAGGUCGGCAGCCCGAACCCCGUCGUCGAUCUCCUCUUUUACGACGUCGAAAAGGGUGACGUCUUCACUGUCGACAUUGACGGUGACUUUCCCGAGAAGGACAAGCUCAUCAACUUUGUCAUGUGGGCCGACGGCAACGUCCUCGUCAAGACGACGAACCGCGUCAGCGAUGUGUUGCAGGUCAACCUCAUCGACAUCGUGGCCCGUACUGGCAAGACGGUACAGCACGUAGACGUGGCCAAGAUUGAUGGUGGCUGGUUUGAGAUCUCGCAUGUGAUGUACAUCCCCGCGGACCCCAAGAACGGCCGUCCGCACGAUGGCUACGUGGAUACUGUCAUUCACAAUGAUGGCGAUCACCUGGCCUACUUCACGCCGAUGGACAACCCAAAACCCGUCUACAUCACCGAAGGUCCUGGCUGGGAAGUCGACGGCAGUGCGAGCGCGGUCGAUCUCAAGAACAACCUCGUCUACUUCCGCUCGACCAAGGAGUCGUCCAUUCAGCGUCACAUUUACAGCGUGCACCUCAACGGCACAGACAUGAAGCCUUUCACCGACACGACCCACGAGAGCUAUUACGACGUGUCCUUCUCCUCGGGCGCCGGCUUCGGUCUCCUCUCAUACCAGGGCCCCAAGGUGCCCUGGCAGAAGGUCGUCAGCACUCCCUCGAACCCCAAGUCGUACGAACGCAUCAUCGAGGAGAACAAGGACCUCACCCAGCAGGCCAAGAAGCACGAGCUCCCGGUGCUCGAGUACGGCACAAUCAAGGUCGACGACGUUGAGCUCAACUAUGUAGAGCGCCGGCCCCCGCACUUUGACAAGAACAAGAAGUACCCCGUACUGUUCCAGCAGUACUCGGGCCCCGGCUCGCAGACCGUCACCAAGAAGUUCGCCGUCGACUUCCAGUCCUCGGACGGUGGGAGGCGCACGACCAGAUCGCCGCGGCGCGCCACUGGGCGGCCAAGCGCUACGUCGACGCCGACCGCCUUCGCCAUCUGGGGCUGGAGCUACGGCGGCUUCGCGACGCUCAAGACGCUCGAGACGGACGCCGGCCGCACCUUCCGCUACGGCAUGGCCGUCGCCCCCGUCACCGACUGGCGCUUCUACGACAGCAUCUACACCGAGCGCUACAUGCGCACCCCGGACCUCAACCGCAACGGCUACCAGCAGACGGCCAUCAGCAACACGACCGCCCUCGGCGCCAACGAGCGCUUCCUCGUCAUGCACGGCGUCGCCGACGACAAUGUCCACAUGCAGAACACCCUGACACUCCUCGACGAGCUCGACCUCGCCGGCGUCGAGAACUACGACGUCCACGUCUUCCCCGACAGCGAUCACAGCAUCUACUUUCACAAUGCGAACCGCAUCGUGUACGAUAAGCUGAGCAACUGGUUGAUCAAUGCCUUUAAUGGCGAGUGGGUCAAGGUCAAUGAUGCGAAGCCUAAGAUUGAGUCGUGA